CCGCCGUGCUGGGCCUGUGCGCCGCCACCGACCUGCACAACAGCCUCAUCAACUCCUCCACGCUCGAAGGUGAACGAACCCCGCAGGGAAGACAAGGGCCGCAAGGUGAAGACGGCCCGGACGAAGGACGCGCUCGUCGUGCAGACCAAGACGGGCCUCGUGAGGGGCUUCAGGGAGAAGGUGCUGGGCGAGUACGUAGACGUGUUCCUGGGCAUCCCGUUCGCCAAGCCGCCCCUGGGAGACCUGCGCUUCAAGAAACCCGUUCCCAUCGACCCAUGGCACGGCAUCUUUGACGCCACGACCCUGCCCAAAUCCUGCAUCCAGGAGGCCUACGCCUCGUUCCCCGGCUUCGAGGGCGAGGAGAUGUGGAACCCCAACACCGAGCUCUCUGAGGACUGCCUCUACCUGAACCUGUGGGUGCCCGCCAGCCUGCGCGAGCCGGGGGCGAAACCGGCGGAGGUGCUGGUGUGGAUCUACGGAGGCGGGUACAUGGCCGGGACGUCCACCCUCGAGGUGUACGACGGCGACCUCAUGGCCGUCGCAAACAACUUCAUCGUGGCCUCCAUGCAGUACCGCGUCGGGGCCUUCGGAUACAUCUACCUGGACAUCGACGAGGCUCCGGGCAACCAGGGCAUGUACGACCAGGCCCUCGCCAUGAAGUGGAUCAAGGACAACGCUCCCUACUUCGGCGGGAACCCCGAGCGCAUUACGCUCUUCGGCGAGUCGGCCGGCGCCAGCUCCGCCGCCUUCCACCUGCUGUCGCCCGUGUCCAUCGACCUGUUCGACAAGGUGAUCCUGCAGUCGGGCGUCCCCAACAACCCCUGGGCCAUCAUGUCCGCCGACAAGGCCUACGACAUCGCCCUCAAGCUCGUCGACGACUGCAAGUGCAACUCCUCGCUGGUGACCGAGGACCCGUCGCGCGUGAUGGAGUGCAUGCGGCGAGUGGACGCGGCCACCAUCUCCAUCGAGCAGUGGAACAGCUACGGCGGCAUCCUGCAGUUCCCGUCGACGCCCAUCGUGGACGGCGCCUUCCUGCCCGACGACCCCAUGGAGAUGAUCCAGAGGGGCGAGUGCAAGAAGACCGAGGUGCUCCUCGGGUCCAACAAGGACGAAGGUACUUUCUUCAUACUUUACGACUUCUUGAAAUAUUUCAAGAAGGACGGAGAGAACCAUCUCAGAAGGGAAGAAUUUCUGGAGAUCAUAAACGAAAUUUUCAAGGACUGGUCGGCGGUAGAGAGAGAAGCCAUCAUCUUCCAGUACACGAGCUGGGAAGACAUGCAGAAUGGAUACCUGAACCAGAAGGCCGUUUCGGACGUUGUUGGCGAUUACUUCUUCGUGUGCCCAACCAACCUCUUCGCCCAGUUGUAUGCUGAGAACUGCGAUGAUGUUUAUUACUAUUUCUUCACGCAUACGCCCUGUGGACUACGAAGACGAGUGGCCAAUCUACACGCGCGCUCACCCCCGCUACUACGAGUGGAAUCCAACCAGCCGUAGCGUGGGCAAAGGUCCCAGAGCGACAGCAUGCGCCUUCUGGAACGAACUCAUGCCGAUGCUAAGGGAAAAGCAGACUGGCGGCAUCUGCGAGAGCGAAAUGCAGAAAGCACUGAACUCCGCGCCUGCGUUCGGAUCCUUCCUGAUGGCUUGGAUCACCUG